GGGGACACAUUUAUUGGUAACUCAGGAAGUGCAGAGCAUGCGGGUGUGACUUGUUGUCAAAAUGGGCUGAGAGCACACAGGUAAAAGACAGUGUGAAUAUUUGUUAUGGCUGAAAUGACAAUGGGUUUACAGGGCUAAGAUGGAGAGUAAAUAGCAGCAGGCUGCGUUAAACCCUCCGCGCCCUCAGGUUUGUUUGUUUGUUUGGAGACGUGCCCCUGUCUCCUUUUACCUUCUUUAUCUCAUAUGAACGCCACCUCACUGCUGUCCACACUGCGGCCGCUGUCUGUCUGUCACUCAGCUGUCUUCUCAGGCUUGUUGUCGGUGUUGUUAUGUGUCAUCUACAGCUGAGGACUUUGAUUUUUGUAGCCUGGGUGCUCGGGUACAUCGCCUUUCUGCUCUCCAUCAGGAGGAUGUGGACGGGGAAGUACGUCCGCAGUCCGCUGGUCCGGUCUCUGUUCAUGAACAUGGUGAGCGAGAGCGAGGCAGCUGCGAUCGAUACACAAGAGGUAUGAAUUAUUGAUUAUCUGUUCCGUCUUCCAACUUUUGCUACCCCAAAUAAGGCCGUUUUGAUCAAUACUAAUUAGUGUUUAUGUACAAGUGAACAAAAACAGACAUGUGGUUUGUAAUACCAUUUGGUAGGCUGCAGAGGUUAAAACUGCAUUAUUUUUAAUGAGAUUUGGCAGGGAAAACUUCAUGUUCAACACCACUUCCAAAAUGAGUUAGGGCCCUGUGUAAAACGUUGAAAAAGGCAGAAUUUGAUGCCCAUUAUAAGUUUGAUGCAAUCAACGUGUUUCAAAAAAGGUGAAAUAGUGAAUACAAAACUCAAUUAAGUUGAGCAGUGCCAAAAAAGCUCAUGGAGGAACAUUUCCUAACUGGCUAGAUUGGAUUACUACAGGCUAGUAAUGAGAGACUGAGGACUGUAUAAGUAAAGAUGGGAAAAUAUUCACCACACCACCCCAAGAGACUGUGUGAGCAAAUUUUAGCAUGGUGUUUCUCAGCACCAAAUUGAAAAGAGUUUCUCAAUUUUAACUGCUAUUAUUAUUAAAAGACUCAGGGGAUCCAGAGAAAUCUUCUAUGAAAUGGUCAAGGCCAAUUACCUAAAUCAAAUCAAUAACUUUAUUCGUCCCCCAAUGGGGCAAUUGGUUGUGCAACAAAGGUAGCAUAAAAAAACACUUGAGCACAAUAAUAAAAAUCAAGAAAAUCAUGACUAGAAAGACAACAAACUUCCUGUGACCAAAGUUUGUUGCUGCCACCACAAAUGCUAAACAACUGUAACAUGAAAAAAAGGAACUAUAUGAUUCUAAUUGAUGAUUCUGAAAAGCUAGUGGUUUCUGUGGGCUUGAGUCCAUUUAAGCUGGAUUGAGGUAGCAUACCAAAAUUUUUGUUGUUGUGGUGAUUUGGUAACCGUCAUUCUUUUUGGAAAUUGUGAUUUAAUGACUUUUACAGGGAAGACCUUACAUAUUAAAGCAAGACAGAAGGAGAAACCCGUAUUCUUCAUGUGUUGGCUCAGUUUCAAGAGUUCAGUACAAUGACAUUUGUCUGUUUCGAUGUUUGAUAUGUUUUCUUUGCCUUAGAUCAGUGGUUCUCAAGUCCAGUCCUUGAGGCCCACUGUUCUGCAUGUUUUGGAUGUUUCCCUGCACCAACACACCUGAUUCAACUGAUCAGCUCGUUAUUAAGCCAUUACAGAGCUUGAUAACGAGCUACUCAUUUGAAUCAGGUGUGUUGGAGCAGGAAAACAUCCAAAACAUGCAGGACAGUGGACCUCGAGGACUGGACUUGAGAACCACUGCCUUAGAUUAUUUGCAACCAUCAAAAUCUUUUUAUAAUAAUAUUUCAAAACAUCCCAACUCUGAGAAAGAAAAAAAAGAGAUGUAAAUCCUCCUUAUUCUGGUCCAAAAAAGUUAAACUUUCAGUGAAAACCUGAUAAACAAAUGUGCAGUGUGCAGUUAUGACAGACUAUUGAGCAUAUUCAAAAUGCUAUUUUCUAAAUAAAUAUAUUGUCUGCCUUGUGUGAGUGAUGUAACUCUGCUGAUUUGGAUCAUAUGUAUUACUUUCUCCUGUGGUCUCAGUGGUACAGGUGCUGUCCUGAGUUGCUCGGAGAAUCUAUGAAGCCCCUGUUCAUCCAGAGCCACCUGGACACGGGUACCAAGGCUUUUUUAAAGAAGAGUGUGGAAAAGUCCGGCUGGAUGUUCACACAGCUCUACCACUCGUUUGUCUCCACAGUCCUCAGCCCUUUGGUGUCACGCACCUCCAUCAAUGGGUGAGUAUCACUGACACACUUUUGUCUCUGUUUCUCCUGCACCUUAUCCUACUCUGACUCUGCGCUGUCGGUUUCUCAGGUUUCUGGGUCGCGGUUCGAUGUUUGUGUUCUCUGAGGAUCAGUUCAGGCAGCUGCUCCGUAUUGGUCCAGAGUGGAGGGCUGAGAGACUGCUGGACCUCGGAGCGGGGGAUGGAGGCGUCACAGAAGUGAUGGGAACUCAUUUUAGAGAAAUCUAUGCAACAGAAGUCUCAUUACCCAUGAAGUGGCAUCUUCAGAGGAGGAAUUACAAGUGAGUAGAAAACCGCAAGAAUGUUUCAAAGUCAAAAAAUAACUUCCAGUAAAGGUUGUCUUUUUAUUAAGAAAUAAAACUCAGAGAAAAUACAGAAAUAGAAAAAAACCCAUAUACUAGUUAUCGUUUGCUAAUGUCUGCAGGAGUGGUAAAGAUUUUAGAGUACAGUUUAUGAAAUGAAUGAAAUAAAUUCUUACCAAAGUUUCUGAAACUCCAUUUACUGUGAUUCUCAGGCUGCUGGAUAUCAAUGAGUGGCAGCAGACUGGUUUCCAGUAUGAUGUGGUCAGCUGUCUGAACCUGCUGGACCGCUGCGAGGACCCUCUUCACCUCCUGCAGGACAUCAGACAGUCUCUCGUUCCCAAUACAGGGAGGCUCAUCCUGGCUGCAGUGCUUCCCUUCCAGCCCUACGUUGAAGUUGGUCAGUACCAUCUAUGUGUAGACGUAAAAAAUCACUCAAUUAAUGACGUGGGCCUAGAUAAACAUCUCCUCAGGAAAGUACCCAGCUGUUAUUUGACACAGAUUUGUAUGUUUACAGUUCAUGUCCAAGCCUUUUUUUUUUAUUCUAUUGCAUUCAAAUGAGUACAAUACUUUGCAAAACUCUUUUAACACAAAACAUUCUGGCCUUUCAGAGUCACUGCCUCUCCACUUCCACAUUAUGCAUAUCAAAAGAAUAUCCUUCAUUUAAUGUAUAGUUGUAAAUGUAGCACAAAUUUCUCUCUGACUUUUUUCUGCCCUCUUGUGGCACUGAAAUGUUACUACAAAAUACAGGUUGGCUGAAACUUUAAAGAUUUAUCUGCAGUGAUUUACACAAGAUAUUAACACUUUGAAUGAGUCAUUAAGUAAACAGUGUUUUAAGAUUAUGACUUUGUUUUGAAAUAUUGUAAUUGUAUGUUGGUGUAGCUUUUUGUUUGCAUUGAUUUUGGCGCCCCCUAUGGACAAAGCAGUCAAACACAUGAGUAAUUAUUUCCAUUAUUUUCUUAUGAUAAUUCAUUGGACUUAUAUACUGUAUACCAUGUAUCCCUGAUUAACAUGCAAUGUGUUUUUUUUCUGUUAUAACAUGGUUUUAACACUUUCCAAAAGAACUAAAUGAAAAGUAACAUGUUUUGAAUCGUAACGCCUUUAUCCAGUGAGGGUUUAUCCAGAUAUUGCUAGUGCCCCGGCGUGAUAGGAUUUCAUGUCUUACACAUGAUUUGAUAAACCAAAUUAAAUCUUUUUUUCUGUAUUUGUCGUAGGAGGGAGAUGGCAGCGUCCCAGACAACACCUGAAAAUUAAAGGAAAAACAUGGGAGGAGCAAGUAACCAACCUGUCCAAUGAGGUUUUCCGAAGGGUGGGGUUUGAGGUGGAGGCUGUGACACGGUUGCCGUACCUCUGUGAGGGGGACAUGUACAAUGAUUACUACGUUCUGGAUGAUGCUGUGUUUGUUCUGAAGGCCUCAGAGGAGAGUACAGUGUCUGUUUAUUAGACAGCAGAUGCUCGGCAGGAGGACUGUGCAAUUAUCAUCAGCUUCAUUCAUACACUACAGCAUUUCUGACUUGUUUAGAAACAGUGAGUCUGAUAUGAAGCUCAGGUACUGUAGCUCCAACAUUUACCAGCCAUCAUGCGUGACAGUGAUACCUCUACUGUAAAAGCAAAAAAAAAAAAAAAAACACAACGGCAGUUUGCCUUCUCUAAAAUGCUGACAAGAUCAAAAAAGACAUAUCGUGUUGUAGGUGUUUGUACUGUAAAGUCUGUCAUUUGUUGGCAGUGUUUAAUGUUAGUGUUUCAUCAUUAUGUAGGUAUGGGAUUAUCAUCAAUCAUGGCUUUGUGUUUUAUCUGAUUUUCUUGUUAUCAGAUGUUAGAGAGGAGAGGUGGAACUCAUUUGAUUUGAACAGUUUCUUUGUUUUGAUGACAGAGUAUAUGGGCCACUUUGAAAGAAAAUCUGAUAAGUCACAUUAUAACUUGAACUAAUUCAUGACUUUACAAGAUAAAAGCUCUAGGGGUUAAAAUCCUGUUAUUCGAAGUUCUCAAAGGUCAAGUUGUACUAAACCAAAGUUCUCAGAGAGUCAUACUGUAAUAUCUAAAGAACAUAGUAGUGAUAUGAAUAUAGAUCUUUGAUAUAAUGAGACUGCGGUCCCAAUGUAAAGAGAAUAAACUGAUCAGAUUUUCAGAAUAAAGCUGUUAGAGAAUGAAGUGCCAAUACUAAAGGAGUGAAGAGCCAAUACAACAUGAAUUAAGUCAAAAUAUAGCAAGAAGAAAGUUACUCUGCGAUAAUAAGGUCGUCAUUGUGACGAAGUAUUUGGACCACAUUUUAAACAAAAACUCUUGGGUUCAAUAACAAAUAGUAACAUCACAAUAAUUAAGUUAUAAUCAUGUAAAAACAAAGUUGAAAGGGUUUAAACUCUCGUUACACAGAGAAUAAAGUAGAAUAAAGCAAAAGUUGUGGUAAAAAAAAGUGGACAUAUGAAGAAAAAAAAGUUAUAAUAUCACAGCAGGAUUAAGAAAUAAUACUGUAUAACGGCACCAAAGUUGCAAUGUCUCAAAAAUAAAGUGAUUACAUUCCAAGAUUAAAUAUUUUAAUUUACCAGAAGAACGUUGCUAUUUAGCAAGAACAAAGCUGUAAUCUUAGCAGAUUACAGUUGUUUUGGGGAAUUUCAUUACAUUACAAGAAUGAAGUGCUGUUUGUUACACAUUUAAGAGAGCAAUGUCGCACUACAAGGCUGCCAUCCUUCAGAAGAGACACAUUAUCACCAAAAUCUUCUCAGCGUUCAUUAUCAGGGGACCAUUUACUCAAGUAUAACUCAACUUUGCUAUCGUUACUUUAUUCUUGAAACACAUUACACUUUUUUUCUUUGAUUUGGCCCUAAUUCUCUGUCAUAGUUUUUGCUUACUGUGUUCAGAAAUUACUCAAGUUUGAUUACAAAUUAAGUUGAGGCUUCUUAAAGUAAGCCUGCGUAAUCUACGUGUUUAACAGCUGAUUCUUUAGAAAAAUGCCUGAUCAAGUUGUUUAAAGCUGCUUUUCAUGUGUUUUUUUUUCUUCUGUUUUUUUUUUUUUUUUUUUUUUUUACAUAUUGCUGGUAUUACCAUUGAGUUGCAAAACUUUUGUACUGUGCUCUCCGGGUAGUUGCUUACUUUAUCUGUUUGCCAAAAACUGCUCAUGUGUGGGAUUUGGUUGGAAAUUGAGUAGAGUCAGCUGCAGGUUGAAAACCAAAAUAAUGCACUAAAUUGACUCGGUAGAACACUUAGUCAUUUAAAUGAAACCACAAUCAAAGUUACAGAGCUGUAAAGCUGUCAGUGACACAGCAGAGUCUACAUGUUGUGCUUUCACUAGGCUUCAUUAGUUCCUGGUUGCACUUUGCAAAGUUGGACUGUAGCAGCAAAUCUCUUAUGCGUACUGAAAGGAGUGAGCAUGAAGUUAAAUGUUUUGUAUGUAAAGGGGGUGCUUUCAUCUUUAGCUUUUCUAAGAUUUAUGGUCUCUCUUUGGUGUGCUAAACCUUCAGUGUUACUGCAAAAAGAAUCCCUCAUAAUGUGCCAUACUUGCAACAAUAUUUGUAUUGAUAAAGUAUAGGUUCAAGAAUAAAAAAAAGGAUCAUAUUUUGGG